AAUUCGUGAAAAUUUUGUGUUGUGAUUAAUUUUAUUUAUAAUUAAUGAUAAGGACUGAUUAAUUUUUUGAACACUUAAAAUAAUAAUUGAAAUUAAGUGCGCUGAUUAAUUUUAUUUAUAAAUUAAUUCAUUGAAUAAAAUUGUGUGAAAGUGACUUUAAAUUGGCAAAUUAAUUCAAAAGACGGUGGAUUAAUUUGUGGGAUUAAUUUUGAAUUGUGGGAUUAAUUUUGAUUUGUGGGAUUAAUUUUGAAUUGUGGGAUUAAUUUUGAUUUACAAGCUCUGAUGAGCUGAAGCAAGGUGGAGGUUUGUUGGAAAAAAUUUUUAAAAACGGAGCCCGUUAAACAGGACCGAGGGUUCUCCUAUUGGAGCGAUGACGUGACUAGUGAAACGUGCAGAAAUUUGUUUAUGUUUGGAACGUACAGUAAUAAUCAUAUUGUUGAGGGUAGUAAUAGUAGUAAUAAUAAUAAUAAUAAUAAUCUUGAUAGGGUUAAUAAUAAUAGUACUGUUACGGAUAGUGGUAAUAUUGUAGAUAGUGAGGGUAAUUUAGAUAGAGGAUCUGAUGCUGGGGGGCCCAACGACGGAACAAGAGAACCACACAUCGAGGACACCAAGAAAUUACUAGGCAUUCAAACAGACCUCGAGUCAUCGGGAUGCUCGGCUGACAUGGCAGAGGGCUCUGCUGAAGAAGAACAAAGCAGUACCGCCGCUCCGGCUUCGCCUCCCGCGGAUUUGCGUACGAUAACCACCCACUUGUCGCCCUCGCCGUACCGCAGAUUGCAGCCGCCCCAACCCCAGCAGACUCACCACCGCCCUUAUUCCAACAUGUUGGCCACUGCAGCCCCCAUGAGACAUAACUACAACAUGCUGUCCCACGUGAAGACCGAAUCUGCUGAUAUCGAGCCGCCCUGCGACGUUCCGCUGAAUCUCAAGAGCGAGGAAAGCGACCGCAGCAGCACUGGAAGUCCUGAACCAGCAUCCGGAGUCCUUCAUGAGCACCACAUGCUCAUGGAGGGGCUCAAAAACUCUCGGAAGAGGCGACGUAGCACCUCCCCCGAGAAUAUGACCCAUUCCAAGUUUCCGAGAUCGGACUCGCAUUUAAAUGGAACUAUGGCAGGUAUGGUGACGCUCCAAAACUUGCAAAACCUAGCAAACUUGCAGCAAAACCUCCCUCAAGUGACAUCUUUAGCAGCAGGACUCCAAGCUGGAAUGUCCAGCGGACUAUCAAACAAUCAAAUGAUCAACACGCCGCUGAAUUUAACAGUCAGCGCAUCGGGAGGAACAGCACCCACUCCAUCAAGCACGACGUCAUCGCCCCACCUCUUACCCUCAAGCUCAGCCCCGAUGGCCACACUACCCCAAUUACUGUCGCAGCAUCAGCCAGUGUCAAUGCCUCAAUUUAUUUUAACCUCAGGUCAACUGGUCCAGGGGAUCCAGGGCGCUCAGCUAUUCAUUCCGACCUCCCAAGGGCUAGUCACGCAGACGAUAUUGACCAUCCCUGUUAACCACGUGACGAAUAAUCAGAUGGUUAAUUUGGCUCUCAGCAAUGGUCAAGUUGUCUCUACUACCCUUGCUAAUCUUCAAUCAAUAGCCCAACCGCAGAACCUCAUGAACACCCCAGCGAGUAAUGUGCCAACGAGUCAAAGCCUGGCAUCGGGAUUGGGUCUGAAUCCGGCGUCACUGCCGCACUUGCUAGGCAAUAAUUCAGCAAGUCAACAGUUACUCAAUGCGAUGCAACCGCAACAGCUUCUUCAAGCAGCACAAGCGGCUCAAGCCCAAGCUCAAGCUGCCCAGGCAGCCCAAGCUGCUCAAGCAUCGCAACAACCUCUGCUUGCUACGUCGCCGCAACACCAGCACACCCAUCGGCAUACCUCGCACCUCAACCACUACCAGCAGCAACCCUCUGAUAAACAUCAUCGGGAGAGGCUGGAACAGUCGUCGCCCUUGAAUAAUCCAGCGGUUUCUGCAGCUUCCGCGCUUAAUAGACUGGCUGCUACUAAUGGGGAAAUCACUAUUACUACCACCCAUGGGCCAGGUAAUCCUGGGAUGAAAUUAUCACCUGGAAGCAGGCUUAGUCCUAAGGAAGAUGAUGAUGAUUUGCUCAGUGAUUCUCCAAAUCAACCGACAAUCAAUGAAGCUACGAAUAACGUUGUGGAUGGAAUCAAUUUAGACGAGAUUAAGGAGUUUGCAAAGGCAUUUAAACUUCGGCGAUUGUCUCUGGGAUUGACGCAAACUCAAGUUGGACAAGCGCUGAGCAUAACCGAAGGACCGGCGUACAGCCAGAGCGCAAUAUGCAGUGCCCUGGCUACCCAGAUGUACGCUGCCUCGCAGAUUGCCUCUCAGCAGCAAGCUAUGUUCGAAAAAUUGGACAUCACGCCGAAGAGCGCGCAGAAAAUUAAGCCGGUGUUGGCGAGGUGGAUGAAAGAAGCUGAAGAGAGUGUUUAUGAUUAUAGGUAUAAAAGCGGUGCCAAUAAUCUUACGGAAUUUAUUGGAGUGGAGCCAAGCAAAAAACGAAAACGACGGACAUCGUUUACUCCUCAGGCUUUGGAACUUCUCAAUGCACAUUUUGAUAAAAAUACACAUCCUACUGGUAACGAAAUAACAACCCUAGCGCAACAAUUAGGCUACGAAAGAGAAGUAAUAAGAAUUUGGUUCUGCAACAAGCGGCAGGCUCUAAAGAAUACCGUGAGGAUGAUGUCUAAAUAAAUAAAUACCAACAAAAAUGACUAUAAAGACUGCAAAAAAAAUAAUGAAUAAAUAAGAAUAAUUACAAUAAAUCUUCUCCCGACCGCAAAACAAAUUUAAAAUAAAAUCUUUGACAACUAAUGAAGAUAAAAUAAUAAAAAUGGUGAAUUAAAUGCGUGGGACAAUUGACAAUUAACAUUAAUUGUUAAUGAAUAAUUAUUAAAAAUAUCGGGACUCAUCACGCCGAGGCUGUGGCAUGUCAGAUGUCAGCAAUCUUAACGUUUUUUAGUUUCAACGUUUUGAACUUGACUUCUUUGCGUCUAAGUAUUUGCCUAUGCUGAACAAAUAAAUAAUCAUAAUUACUAUUAAUUAUAAAUUAUGACACGAUUAUUAUUAAAUUAAAUAUUGCAUAAUUAUAAUUAUUAUAAUAAUAAUAAUCAUAAAAUAAAAAUCACAAACAACUGUAUUGACUUUUGACAGCAAUUGUGAUUAUCAAACGUAUACGCGUGUAUUAUGUGUAAAUAGUUAAUGACUUACGACUUGUGAUUCGUAUGAGUAGAGCUAGAAAUUAAUUAUGUUUACGAUUAAAUAAAAUUAUUAAAUAAUAUUAAAUUUAAUGAUGAUGCAGAUGACAAGUAUUUAUUGACAACUUGUUGCUUCGGUGAUACCAAAUGACGGAUUGCGUUUUUAUUUAUUUUUUUAGUAGGAAAUGUUUUUUUUUUUUAAGGAAAAUUAAUUAAUCGUUUGA